AUGGAAUUUGAAAAUGGUGAUAUAAUACUGAUGGAUGGAGGUUUUCCUAUGGAUCAAGUAGAAAAAGCUGACCCACUUGCACUUUGGAUCACUGAACACAACGAAACAAAUCCAGAAGCCGUUAUUCAAAAUCAUAUAUCCUAUCUUCGAGCUGGAUCCAAAUUAUUGAAAACAAAUACUUAUCAAGCGACCAUUGAGGGUUUCAUGAACCAUAAAAAAUUGACAAAGAACCAAGCAGAGCAAAAAAUUAUUGAAGGAGUUAAUUUGUGCCAUAAAGCAAUAAAAUUAUACCAGGAAAGCGACGAUUGCUUUAAAGAAAAAACUAAAAUAUUGGUCGUGGGAUCAAUAGGCACAUAUGGUGCACAUUUACACGAUGGCUCAGAUUAUACAGGAGAUUUUGCAGAACGUGUUACAAAAAAAGAUGUGAAAGAUUUCCAUAGACAGCAAGUUAACGUAUUAGUUAAUUCCAAUAUUGAUGCAUUGGCUUUCGAAACUAUUCCAUGUCAAAUGGAAGGUGAAGCAAUAGCUGAAUUAUUGACUGAGAAUUAUCCAGGAGUAAAGGCCUGGAUAAGUUUUCAGUGCAAGGAUGAAUUGCAUUUAGCACACGGAGAAUUAUUUCAUGAAGCAGCCGAAAAAUGUUGGGAAAUAACAAAAGGUGAAUUAUUGGCUGUAGGUGUAAAUUGCGUAAAUCCACGCAAUGUUCUCUCAUUAGUAAAAAGUUUGAAUGGAAAACGAAACGAGAUGAUACCACUUGUUCUGUAUCCCAACAGUGGAGAGAAAUACGUGCCAAAUAAAGGUUGGCAAGAUAAAGACAAAUGCCCAGAUAUAAUUAAAGAUGUUGAUCAAUGGUUUGCAUUCGGUUGCAAAAUUGUUGGAGGUGGUUGCAGGACAACUACAGAUGAUGUUGCAAAAUUAAGAGACGCAAUUUCAGCAUGGAGGAUGAAUAGACAAACAAUUAAUUGA